AUGACUACUUUACUGGAACUCAUUAAGGACGCGUCUGUUAAUUCUAAAUCACUUGAUUUGCAUUCGGAUUAUCCGGUUGUUCUCAAUCCAGAUAAGAUUUUGUCUAAUUUGAAGUAUGAACUUGAAGAUGAUUCUUCUUCGUACCCUAUUAAACCCCUUAUUGGAUGGAAAAUUUCACAAACUGAUAGCGAAAUCAUUGAGAUCAACAAAAAAUUUAUAGAAGAGCUGAAAAAGAAGGUUCAGAGCACCGAUAAUUUGAAAAGGGAUGAGUUUAUUGGUAGUUUGAUUUCUUAUCUGGAAAACAUUAGGGGGAAAGUUGGGGUUUUGAUUGAGAUUGGUGAUUCCUCUGGUAGUGCUCAUUGCAAGAUUUUGAUUGGCAAAAUUGGAUCUUUCAUCGGUAAAGAUGUUGCUGGUUUGGUUUUGGAUGGGUGUAUUUCUUUGGAGAUAUGGGAAUUGGUUGAAGCUUUGAUUGUUAAUGGUGUUGUUGUGAAUUCUUGUUAUUCAAACCUGGUUGCUAAGUUGGUGGAAAAAAAGAGGUCUGAUUUGAUCUGUUUGUGUUGUAAGCAUGCUUUUGAUCUCGGUACAUCAGAAAUAUUCUCCAUUUUGAGGUAUUUUCUUUCUCCGUCUAAAGAUGCUUAUGAUUCUAUGGUAUCUAUAAAGAAGGAGUGGGAGAACCAAGCAUUGUUGGCCAUUGAGAAAGCAAGUGACAGCAACCUCAAGCGGAAGAAUUUGGUUGUUGCAAAGGAGGCUUCUAUUUUAUUUAUGUUGGCAUACGAUGGUUUCUCUGCUCCUGAACUUUGUUUGCAUUACUUGGUUUCAUCACCGAACAUCAACAAUGCAAUAUCAUCCCCUGCAUUCAAUAAGUUGAAUGGCAAAGAAUUGUUGAACUUGAUUCGCUAUUUAGCAAAAUGGUUUAAGAAAUAUGAGAGAUUUCCUCAAGCUCGUCCAUGUCCGAAAGCCUCGUCGGUUUUAGAUUUGGAGGCUUGCCAUUGGAUUCCUAAACUUGAAGAUGUUAUAAAAUGCCUUGGUUUUGUGCUCGAUGAGAAUUUUUCUUCAUUGGUGUUACAUCCACAGUUUCAUGAAGAGUUGAGAUCAAUUGAAGGACUGGUUAGUUGUUUGACAGCUGAAGCUAAAAUUUGUAACAUGGUGACUGCUGUAACCGAAAAACUAAAGAUCGAAGUAACAAGAGGAAGGGACAAAUUGAUAUGA